GUGGUGCUGGAUAAGAGAUCAUAACAUCAGCCAAGACAUAACACGGCGAUGAUAUUUAAAAGACUUCCAGAUUGAAUCAAAGACUCCACCUCAUUCAGGUACGUGCACGCACACGUUGUCGAGCGUACAGUCUCGCACAUCAACAGCUGUGAAGCAGACUUGCAGCAAGUAUCAAAAGAUAAACAUGACUAUGGAAUAUGCAGAUGAAAGCAACUGGGAGAGUCCAUGUGAAAUGAAUAGAAAUUCAUUGAAUAAUAAUGUUAAGUACUAUCUCCAAUACUAUGUGCACUCACUUAUCUGCAUUGUGGGAUUUAUUGGCAAUGUCCUGGUGAUCCUUACAUAUGCUUUCUACAAGCGCACCAAGUCCAUGACGGAUGUUUACCUACUGAACGUGGCCGUAGCAGAUGUCCUGUUUGUGGUGGCUCUGCCUCUGCUCAUAUUCAGUGAGCAGAAUGACUGGGCUUUGGGUGAUUGGUCCUGCAAGCUGUUGCGUGGCAUCUACAGUAUCAACCUCUACAGUGGCAUCCUACUGCUGGCUUGCAUCAGUUUAGACCGCUACAUGGCCAUAGUACAAGCUCGCCGCUCUUUCAGGUUCCGCUCGAGCAUGCUGAUCUACAGUUACUUUAUCUGUGCAUUUGUCUGGAUUUUAGCCUUGAUUCUGACUUUGCCCACCCUCAUCUACUAUGAGCGCUACAAACCUACUGACUCAAUGCAAACCUUUGACAUGAACUUCACAAGUACUGAGGACUACAGCCAAUGGAUUACAACACAUGCACCUCUAUCAAGCCUGCACGUAGCGCAGCAUGUGUGCUUCUUCCGCUUCAACGACAACGACACUGCAAAGCUCUUCAAAGUGCUAGUGCCGAGUUCUCAGGUGGCUGUUGGGUUUUGCUUGCCAUUGCUGGUCAUGGGCUUCUGCUACUCCAGUGUGGUAUUUACACUCCUGGGUGCCAGAAACUUCCAAAGGCACAAGGCUGUGCGUGUGGUCCUGACGGUAGUGUUGGUCUUUAUCACCUGUCAUCUGCCCUACAAUGCGGCACUGUUGUAUGAUAUCAUUUACAUGUACUCCAAUUCAGAGUGCAUGGAUCAAAACACCACACACCUGCUGCUGAUCCUCACUGAAAGCCUGGCCUACCUGCACUGCUGCCUCAACCCACUUCUCUAUGCCUUCAUUGGAGUAAAAUUCAGGAACCAUUUCCGCAAGGUUGUGGAGGACCUCUGGUGCCUUGGGAAGAGCUACAUUGGUGCAAGACGUGCGUCUCGGAUGACCUCCGAGGCAUACUUAUCUUCCCGGAGGUCUGUGGACAGCACAGGGAAUGAAAAUGCCACCUCCUUCACCAUGUAAAAAAUUGGCUCUCCCUGGUUAACAGUUAAUGCUGAGGUGUCUCUGUGUGUGUCUCUGUGUGUCUGUGCCUCUGUGUGAGUGUGUCUGUGUCUGUGUGUGUGUGUCUCUGUGUUUGUGUGUGUGUGUCUCUCUCCUUGUGUGUUUGUCUCUGUGUGAGUGUGUCUGUGUGUGUGUCUCUAUGUCUGUGUGUGUGUGUGUGUCUCUAUGUUUGUGUGUGUGUGUGUGUCUCUAUGUUUGUGUGUGUGUGUGUGUGUGUGUGUGUGUCUCUGUGUGAGUGUGUCUGUGUGUGUGUCUCUCUCCUUGUGUGUUUAUCUCUGUGUCUCUGUGUGUCUGUGUGUGUGUGUCUGUUAAUAAAAGUUUAGUCAUUGCAGAAAGAACGUUUUAUAUUAUUCAUGUUUUGUUAUCCCUUUUUUGUACAAUGUGUUUUAAUAUAUAUUGAAGUCUAUUGUCACUUUAUUUCAUAAAUGAUAUGAGCUUCAACUAAAUAAAUAUGCCCCGCUAAUUUUAUUAGUAAUAUCUUCCUGCACCAGUGCAGUGUGCUGUGUGUUUGAUAUAGCUACUGCACGCACACACACACACACCUUUUACCUGUCUGGUUGCUGAAGGAUACGUCCAAGGUACCAGUAAAAGGUCAUUUCUGAGCAGAUGAUAUUUUAGGGUGUGAUACUGGGGUGAGUGCAUCAGGACCAACAGCUUGCUGAGCUUUGUGAACAAUAUGAAGCACAUCUGCAGCUACUGCUGGUGCACUGGACAUGGAUUUGAAAUUAUGUAUAUAAAUAUAGUGCGGGGAAAAUUUAAAGAAAAUGUUAGAGAUAUAAAUAAAGGUAGUUGUAGCAGUCUCUUGACAUGUUGGGAGUCUUUAGAACAUAAUCUUGUUUUUCUCUUGUUCUUGUUUUAAUCAAGUUUACAGCUUAACCCAAGGUUUUAUUAAAACUUAGUCUUUUUCCUCAAGGUUGCUAUCCUAUUGCAAACUAAUUCAAUAAACACCAAAAAGAAACUUUCUUUUUGCAGAGAUAAAUAUCACAUCACUAAUACUUUAGGUCUGCUUCAUGUGUUCACCUCACACGCUGUGACAAGAUCUCUCUGAACGAAUCAGAUGACUGUACGCUAUAAACCCCCUAAAACAUCACCAGAUAGAAGUCUACAGCAUAAGGCAGAUGGAAUUUUCUUUUUACUUCAUUUAGUUUUCAAGAUUAUGCCGUUAUUAAUGAUGUCCUGUUGCAAAUAAAAAAGAGCUUUUGCUGAUUCAUGCUGAA